AUGGGAGAGGAAAAGAUGAAUGUGGUACUUUGUGACAAGAGACCGGUGGGAAAGGGAGGUAAAAGCAUGGUCAAAUCUAACAACCGACAAGAAGAUUCCUCGCCUCUAUCCAGCGACUGGCCCGCUCUGGAUCCUGAGGUUGAAACCCCGACAGUGGAGCCUUCCCUACCCUGCUCGCCCGGGGCCCCAGAGCAGGCCGCCCUGGCCACAGCUCCUCCCGUGCGCAGACGCAACAGCUCCCUUGGUCAACAGCAGGGUGGAAAGCGACCAGCUACUAACGUCACACGAAGUCAAAUGACCGAUGACAAUUCUCACGGGAGCGACAACUCAUCAGAUUCGAGCAACGACGAAGAAGGUGCCAGCUCUAAAACAGUCAAGCAGCAGAAAAGGGGGUCUUCCUCAGCGUCCUCAGUCACGUCGACGUCAUCGGGCGGAGUGCGUCGACGGCGAAACACGCUGAGUGCUCGAGAACGAAACCUGCGAAGGUUGGAAAGUAACGAGCGAGAGCGCAUGCGCAUGCACAGCCUCAACGACGCCUUCCAGGCCCUCAGGGAGGUCAUUCCUCAUGUGACCAUGGAACGCAAGCUAUCAAAAAUCGAGACCCUCACCCUGGCCAAAAACUACAUAAUGGCCCUGACCAACGUAAUCUGCGAGAUGCGCGGAGAGCAGGUGCCCUACAAGCUGCUCGCCGCUGCUGCAGCCAGUAACAGCGCAGAAGACAGCAGCUCGCUAGACGCAACAGACCUGACGCAGCAGCAACUAUCAGCGCGCGUCAACGUCCUCAUCCAGCACCACAUCACCCCCGAUGAGGAGGAGGAAGUAACGACUGAAGAUUACCACCCGUCGAAUCUCUAA